AUGGAGAAAACAGAUGCCAAAGACCAGCUCUCUCAGGUGGAUGAAGAAAAAGACCCAUCCAAGAGCCACCCUUACUCUGUGGAAACUCCAUAUGGCUUUCAUUUAGACCUGGACUUCCUGAAGUAUGUGGAUGACAUCGAGAAAGGAAACACCAUCAAGAGGAUUGCUAUCCACCGAAGGGCCAAGCAGGCCAAGUUUAGCACUUUGCCCCGAAAUUUCAGCCUUCCUGACAGUGGGGCUCGGCCCCAUGCUGCUCUUCCCCACUCAAACUGGUCCCCAGUGGUGCCGAGGAAGGUGUCACUUGGGAUGGAGGAGCAAGCUCAGACACUGCCGCUGGGUGGUUCCUCCCAGGCCUCAGCCAGUGGCAGUGAGGUAAGCUACCAUAGGAAGGCCUUGUUGGCUGAGGCUGCCAGGCAGUUGGAGGCAGCCCCUCUUGAGGAUGCUGAGCUCUUCUCUGGGAGUGGACGGCCCCAGCUUUUGAGAGCAUCCAGCAUGCCAGCCACACUGCUGCAAAACAGGGCCUCCGAGGAGCCCAGCCUACUCUCAGCUCGCCCCCCACCUCCCACUCUUCCUCCACUUCAGGGUGAAGGCAGUGUCUGUGAAGGUACCUUUGGCCCUGCAGAAGGAUUUCCUGGUCUUCACAGCUCCAUCCCACAAGUAUCAACCCCACCAAAAGUCAGAGAGUUUGGAAACUUAGUGCCAGAGAUUCUAGAGUUGGUCUGUGAGGGGGCCAAGCCUCCGGAUAAAGAGGAAGUUCCAGAUCACUUCUCUUUCCCAAGUCCUUCUUCUUUAUCCCAGAAUACACUUGUAGAGGAUGCAGAAGAUGAACAUAAAACCAGAGAAGCAGAGGUGGUAGUCACUCCUGGAUCCCCAACACCAAGUCCCCCACCUCUGCCAUCACCCAUCCCUGAAAAUGAGUUUCUUCUAGAAGAAAUUGAGCUCAACAUCAGUGAGAUCCCACCCCCACCACCUAUAGAGGUUGACGUGAGAAGCAUUGGCAUCAGGGUGACAGAAGAAAGCCUUGGUCUUGCCAGAGUAGAUCCCAGUAGUAUCUCCAGCCUGAAGCAGCAGGUCAUAGCCCUUGAGGGUGAGUUGUCUGGAAGGAGUGAAGAGCUGGCCCAGGCAAGAGCUGCCCUCCAGCAGCAGGAAGAAGAAAUCAAGGCCAGGGAGCAGAUGAUUCAAGAGCUAGAGUACACUGUAGCUCAACUAGAAGAAAAGCUUAGUCAAGAGAAUACCAAAGACACUCAGGGCCAGACUGAUGCCAUGGUGAACACUGACCCUCUCCAUGGACUCUUGACCAGAGAGUCAUGUGAUAAGAGCAUUGGGGUCAACCUUCUGGGCAUGCCAGAAUCUGAAACCUGGGAGGCCAAAGUAGAGGAGAAUGGCUUCCUACUGGGGCAAGGUAACCACAAACAAGGGGAUCAGAGCCCAUCAGAACAUGUGCUGCCUCCCCAACUAUCACUGCCACAGGGACCUGAGAUGGUCCUCACCUCCUCUUUAUAUAGCUGCCUCUCUACUGAACUCAGGAUUGAAGAAGCAAGUUCUGAACAGGAGGAAGGCCCUCAGGUAGGAGCUAAGGGCCUGGCCAGUGAAGCAGGAGGCUCUUCAUGGAACAGCAGCAGAGAGUCUCCCCCAGCAGGGAGGACGAAGCCCAGUCCAGAGCUCCCAGGGAAGAAGUCCCCAGAAAGGCCACCAAGCUCAACCACAGAUGUCACCAUUGGGCAAUAUGUUAAGAAGAUCCAGGAACUCCUGCAAGAGCAGUGGAACUGCUUGGAGAACGGGUACCCAGAGCUGGCCAGUGCCAUCAAGCAGCCUGCCUCCAAGCUCAGCAGCAUCCAGAGCCAGCUGCUGAGCUCCCUCAACCUGCUGCUGUCUGCGUACUCGGCCCAGGCUCCCCCUUCGGGACCCCCGGCCCCAUGCUCCUCCUCCCCGCCAGUGGAGAUCUCCCCGUCGACCAGCCUUAAAUCCAUAAUGAAAAAGAAAGACUAUGGCUUCCGUGCAGGAGGUAAUGGGACCAAAAAGAACCUUCAGUUUGUUGGGGUUAACGGUGGUUAUGAGACCACCUCAAGUGAGGAGACCAGUGGCGAGGACAGUUCCCCUGAAGACUUGUCCGACAGCGAAGCUGAGAAGAAAUGUGAUGGCCCUGAACACAGGCGGGGUAAAGACACUCAACCCAGCUAUGAGGCCAGGCAGGGUGUCCCCGAGGGCACCCACAGGGCAGGCCAGGAAAGUCAGCCUGGGGAAGAAAUCCUCCAUCCCAAGGCUGAGAGAUAUAAACCCUCUGAAGAAUUUCUUAAUGCAUGCCAGGCAUUAAGCCAACAUCUGCCAGAAAUUGGGACCACCACUGACCGACUCUUGAGGCAAAGCUUGAAUACUGUCAGUCAAGAGUGGUUCCGCGUCUCCAGCAGAAAGUCAUCUAGCCCUGCUGUGGUGGCUGCCUACCUCCGCGGGGUCCAGCCCUACUCUCCCCACUUCCUAAAGCUGCUUGUCAACUUGGCUGAUGGCAACGGGAACACAGCCCUUCACUAUAGUGUUUCCCAUUCCAACUUCUCCAUCGUGAAGCUGCUGCUGGAGACAGGCCUCUGCAAUGUAGACCAUCAGAACAAGGCUGGUUAUACCGCUGUGAUGAUCACUCCCUUGGCUUCUGCUGAGACCAGUGAAGAUAUGGCUGUUGUCUGGAGGCUCUUACGAGAAGGAAAUGUGAACAUCCGAGCUUCUCAGGGAGGCCAAACUGCGCUGAUGCUGGGAGUGAGCCAUGACAGGGAGGACAUGGUCCAGGCGUUGCUCAGCUGCCAGGCAGACAUCAACCUGCAAGACCACGAUGGAUCAUCGGCCCUCAUGUUGGCUUGUCACCAUGGCAGUGUGGACAUGGUGCGUCUACUCCUGGCACACCCGGCCUGUGACAGCAGCCUGACUGACAAGGCUGGCCGCACAGCUUUGUCCAUCGUCUCAAAAUCCCCCGCCCAUGUGGAAAUUGCAGGGCUGCUGCGGACCCACACGGAACAGGGCAGGUUCCUAGGGCCAUAG